AUGGGAAACUAUUUUAAAACUAAACCUAAAGAUAAACUUGACAAAGAAAUGAUCGAAUUUCUUAAAUCUCGUAAACUUUAACACAUUAACGAAGCAAUCGAUGUUGUAAAUACUAAAUUUCCAUAUUCAAAGUAUUUAGAGUAUAGUGAUUAUUGCGAUGUGUUCAACCCAAUAUUAGAAAUUUGGACGUAAAAUGUAUUCUAACUGUUGUCCUCUAACUCUUCUCUAGAAGGAUCUAAUGAUAUUUAUGAAUCAUUAGCAGUCUUUACUAUAUUUAGCGACGAAGAGUAAGAACUUAAAUUACAGUUCAUUUUCCAAUUAUUUGACACUGAUAAGUCAGGUGAAAUUGAAAAGCAAGAGCUAGUGGGUGCCUUAGAAAAAUGCAUCCGUGGUUUAUGUAAAUUAGUACAUUUACCUGCUCCUUCAAUAAAGGAUAUUGAUUUUUAUGCAGAACGCUUAUUUCUAGAAUUAGACAGAGAUUAUAGCUAUACAAUCUCGUUUAAUGAGUUUAAGCUAUGGAUUAUAGGAAAUUUUGAAUUAUAAGACUUUCUUUUAAAAUACGCACUUAUUUAAACAUAUGAAAAUGCAACCAGAAGAUAUAAAGAAAAGAGGAUUCUCUAUGAAAACUUUUUUAUCAAUGCAGUUGGAAAUGACAAAUGUGACGUAUGCGAAUUAGAAUUAAUUAAACAAUUAUUUUUGACUGAAUUCAAUAAUUAAUAAAUAGAAAUUCUUGAAUUGCUUUUUAAUACUUUAUAGGAUUCUUCUAAUGCUUACUUAGAUAAAAAGAAUGACGGAUGGAUAUGCAAAUAAGCAUAUUAAGAUGUAAUGAAUGCUUGGGCUGCUUUUGAUGCCUCUGAUAUAAACUAAGAUAAUGAGGUUUCCAUGUCAGAGUUGAAAUAUUUAAUAUAUGCAUAUGAAGGAGACAAACCAGAUUAUUAUAGAUUGCAAACAGAAAUGGAGAUUCUAGAUAUGGAUCAAUCUGGAAAAAUUACAAGAGAUGAAUGGAUUAAGUAUCUUUGUGUAAAUGAAAAAGGUAAAUUUGUUUUUAGAGGAACACUGCAACAUUAAUUUAAUGAGUAUGAUAAAGAUCACAAUGGCAUGCUAUCGAUUAAAGAUAUCAAGGAUUUAUUGAAAAAUUCAAUGAAAGAUCUAAGAACAAGUUUUAAGAAAUUAAAUUCAGCAUUAAAUUUUGAUGAUAUGGUUGAUGAUUUGAUAGCGGAAAUAGCUAAAUCACUACAAGAAGGAAAUUAAGAUUAACAUUCUUAUUAAAAUUAACUUUUAUUUCUUUCUUGGAGUUAAUUUAAGUCAUUUAUGGAAAAAGCAACCCUUAAACAGGAUUAACUUCGCUAGUAUUUAGCAAAACUUUGA